AUGCGCAGUGCGCUUCCAGAACGAGCCCUGUGGGUUGACGACCAGUACGCAACGCGUUGUCGUGGGUGUGAUGCUCCUUUCACAUUACUUCGCCGCCGUCACCACUGCCGACACUGUGGACAGAUAUUCUGCGGCGACUGUUUAGCAACUACUCAUACGACUACUGCAGGCCGUAUAAUCACCGAUAAAAUAGCAACAAUGGUGGGCCUUCGUGUGGAUGGGUCCCACAAAAUAUGUCACGAGUGUGAUCGCAUUGUCCGCAAGCGCCGCUUCGUUAAGCGCUACAUAGGGCAACCGGCAAUGAUUGCAAAUGAGACAUCUUUACAUCACACAGAUGAAACAUCGGCACCAAAGCUUUCUGAAUCACCGCCGACCCCAAACAUAAGUGAAGAGCACGUCGAUGUCGCAGCUUCAAGUGGAGAGAUGAUGCCGACUAAGUUAGAGGCAACGCUCUCUUCCUCCAUAGACGAAAAGUGCAAUGAGAAGGAUGAGAAUAUGGUGGCAACAACAAAAUUGGCACCAGUGCCGCUUGAAUCGGAGCAACCGCCCACGGAGGAAAUUCCGACCCACCCCGAAACCCCGAAAGAGCGGGAGAUCAGCUAUAGCCUCGCAGAACUUCCGCUAUACAGCCGCAACAGCAUGACUGUGUGGAUUGAGAGGUUACGGAGGGAGGCUCAGGGUCGCAAGUGGGACGGAGCCGCACGACCUCCAAAACCGUUAAGUAACCGUUGUGUCUUCAAAGCGGAACCCAAAGCCAAGUUCACCGUCCUGGAAGCCGCGGAGGGCCCCACCGCCUCAAUGGCCACCGUUUUUACAGCACCUGUUGCUCAGGAAGAAUUGCAGAAACUCGAACAGGAGGUGUCGUUUCACCUCAUUAAACGUGCCUCGCGUCACUUUAUGAGUGAGGAGGUGCUAUUGUCGGGGGGGGGCUUGGAUAAGGUGGAGUGGGUUGCUGGAAUAUGCGAUUUAGCAUGGCGUGUGGUGUCGCAAACCCUUGUCGUCCCUCGUGAACAUGUACUUGCGCACUUGGACGUAAUUUGUGUACCCGGAGGGUCGCUUUCUGAAACGAAAAUCAUUCCCGGGGUGGCCUUUCUGCAGACGGUGGCGUUUAGGCAAAUGAGGACUACAGUAAAGCUCCCCCGUAUUUUGCUCUUGGCGGGAGAUGUGGGUGUUGCCGUGAAGCCACUGACAGACCUUACGGAAUACAUUGGAAGUUGUGAGGGCUAUUUGGACAAGCAGUACCAACGUAUUAAACUGUGGAACCCCUCGGUGAUUGUCGUAGAGGGAAGGAUGCAUCACUACCUGUUGGACAGGAUUCAGAGGGAAUCAGAUAUCACACUUGUUCUUCAGGCUGGGAAAGCGGCACUCCAUCGGUUGUCGCGCUGCUGCAGUGCAAGCAUCAUAAGGGACUUGCAGUACGUGAGUGGUAUGGAUGUUAGUGAUCCCUCCGCGUUGGGAACCUGUGACACUUUUCAGCUUAUCCAAAUAGGGGGUAAAAAUAUUUGUGCAUUUAGUGGACUUCGAAUGCCAUCUUUUACAACCGUGCUAUUACGCGGAGGUGAGGGGGGGCAGUUGGAUGCUGCUAAACGGAUACUGGUUAAUUGUGCCAUAACAGCGUACCACCUUGCGCUCCAAGCGCACUGCUUCGCUGAUUUCGGAAUCGGGAUGUGUCCAGAGUACAACCCCGAUGGUGUAGCUGGCGAUGAGGAGGGACGCGAGGAGAACCGGAGAUUGCCAUCGCCAUGUGGAAACUUGGCUGCUUCGAACCUUCACGAUCACGUGGAGUGCAUGACGUUUAUUUCAUCUUCCCCACGGGACGAGGACCUUGCGGCAACGCUAUCGAUGAAUAUUGCUAUUAAAUACCCAGAUGACGUAACCAACAUGGACCCGAGGUACACCAAGCUGGUGACUGAUUGUCUCGAAGUCGGCACUGCCUUGCUCGACACGGCUGCAGGUGAUGAUCCGGCUGGGGUAACACCGAUGUCGUCUAUGAUCUCUAACGUCCACCAGCAUUUUGAGUCAUUUUCUUUUUACAGCGAUGCCGAUGAAACGCUUCGUGAAUACCUAACUGCUCGAGCCAGAGAGGGUGACGGCACGCGCCUCAUUGUUCAUGGAAAUAAGCGUGUCUGGGUAACGGUAAAAGCAAAUGCAAGCAGCGGCAGCAGGACCAACGCACAGGGGUCGCGCGCUUUUAGUGGGUUGGGCACGACAUCGCAGAGCCUUAAGUUGGCGCAACCGUGCGGUUCCCUCCAGUUGGGGGAGAAACUGGAAAAUGAUUCUUGGAGACUCCCACUUCGAACUGAGGCCAUUUGUAAGCAAUGUAUGCAGGAUGUUACGUCCAACUUUAAUACAGUUCCAAUGGAACCAUGUUCUGUUCAUACUUUGAACAUUUCCUGGGGAGCGUUUUUGGAGUUUCUCAUUUACACUUCACCUUCCGUUGUCAUGACGUGUGGCCACCGCAUGUGUGAAAGUUCCUUCCUCUCUUUCACAUUGUUUCCCUACUCUACAGCGGAGGUUGCGGUAUCUAUUCGUGUGGAGGAACUCCCAGUGUACGACAUUAUUCCUCCUUCAAUGACAAUGCCUUUAUGCGCUGACGUCGUCUCCAUGUAUUACCAUCACGAGUUUGAGGAAUUACGCCAGUGCGUUGCUCAAACUAUUGCUAUUGUUCAAACCGCAUUGAGCCCCCAAAUGAGUCAGCAAGUCGGAAUGGCGAAUCAAGCGAAGAAUGCGAAGCAGACGUUUUCUCAACUCCUAAGCAGCCGUAAUUGUAUAACCGACGCUGACACAACUAAUGUUACUGAGGAAAGAGGAAGAUCAUUGUUGAAGCAAGCGGAGGAUCUUAUUGGGCGCUUGUCGUCGCUGCAGAGCACGGAAGGUCUCACCCAGGUUCGUUGUGGCGAAAUGGCGGAACUUAUUAUUGAUACUCAGGAUUGGUUUGCUGCGUAUGUCGCUCUGCUGGAGCGCCGCGGAGGAAAGGUUUCCUCACUGGUGGACACAUUGAACCUGGAUUGCACAUCCUGGGCGUUAGAUAUGGCGAGAAGCUACUGUGUUCGACCGGACGAGCCCUCAUCCUUUUUGGCGGUAGCGCUUAGGGCUAUAGGAAUAUGGUCGGAAAGCUCACAAGAUUCCUUCAGAAGUGAUUUGACUCCCUGCGGGGGUUAUUGCCCAGCUCCCUUCGCCGAUGCAUACGCAGAGGACAUCGAACUAACGGCCAUUGGCGAAGAAGUGCAAAAAGAAUCCAUGGAGAAAACUGUGGAGUUUGUGCUUGGUGUUUCCCCUUCCAAUCCAACAGAUGCAUCUUCUCCGUUUGCAGCCAUUUGCUCGGUAUCUGAUGCGCUUGAAGUGUUGGGUGAAGGAGUCACCAAAACGAAAGCAACAUUCAAGCACGUUGUGGAUUGCUUUUAUCCAUGGGACAAGGGAGAGACGUUCCGCGCAACGGUGGAAGUGAUGUUCCCUACCCAUUUCGCAGCAUUGCAAUACCUUUACACGGAGGGCAAAGUGGACGAGUUGAUGUUAUCACUUUCCCGUUGUCGUGCCUUCAAACCGCAAGGGGGGAAAACAAACAGCGAUUUCUUCAUCACGUUAGAUGGACGUUUUUUGCUGAAGCAGAUCAAGCAGGCGGAGUUGCUGCACUUCGCCGAAUUUGGUCCGCGAUACUUCACCCAGUUGCGUAAGGUCUAUAGUCAUGCGAUCAGAAGUGGAGUUCGUGUAGGGUCGGUGCCAUUUGGGUGUUCACUGGGCAAAGUCCUUGGUCUGUUCUCUUUGCAUGUGAAAGGGCGGAAGCGACUCUCGGAUUCCUCCACGGAAGCCCGCUUCUUCGUUGUAAUGGAAAGCGUUUUCUACUCCCGCCAACCAGACGUCAUGUACGACCUGAAGGGAAGUCAGCGGAACCGUGUAGCGCGUGAGGGAUCAGUGGUUCUUUUGGAUCAAGACCUCGCUAAGAUCCUCUGCAGGGGCUCUUUUUUCUUCUGUUCCGGCGAGACCAAAAAUCUCUUCAUGGAUAGCAUAACAUGCGAUGCGCACCUGCUGGCUACCAGCUCCAUUAUGGACUACUCGCUUAUUGUUGGAGUCGAUCACACAACCCGCCAACUUUACGUUGGAAUAAUUGACUAUCUUCAUCCCUACACAGGGGCCAAAGCCAUAGAAUCUAAGGUAAAAGCGGGACUGGAAACCGUUCUUGGUGGCCAGGGGCGCGACCCAACCAUUAUUGAUCCUCCCAGCUACCGAGAGAGAUUCACGCGGUGGUUAGGAGAUUGUGUGUUUAGUGUGCCCACAAAAAGACUCGCCGUGCCGUGGGUUACGGGAAGGGAGGGAAAGUCAGGGGAUUCAUGCAGUUUGGCUUAA